AGUCUCUCUCUCUCUCCCUCUCUCUCUCUUCCUGCCCAUAUAUUUAUCUUUACACAUAUAUAUACAGUCCUAUACAGUGAAGGCAAAGUUCUAGGGAGAAGAAAAUGAGUACGGCGAACAAACAAGCGGAGCAACUUAGGCAAGACGGCAACUUUUACUUCAAAAAAGACCGUUUCGGAGCCGCCAUUGAUGCUUAUACGGAGGCAAUUACGCUAUGCCCUAAUGUUCCUGUGUAUUGGACGAAUCGUGCUUUGUGUCAUCGCAAGCGGAAUGACUGGCCAAAAGUCGAGGAGGACUGUCGGAGAGCUAUUGAGCUUAACAACAAUUCUGUCAAGGCUCAUUAUAUGUUGGGACUUGCAUUACUGCAGAGGCUGGAAUAUGUUGAAGGAGUCAAACAACUGCAGAGGGCUUUAGAUCUUGGAAGAGGUGCCAAUCCUAAGAGCUACAUGGUGGAGGAGAUCUGGCAGGAACUCGCAAAAGCAAAAUACUUGGAGUGGGAGAAUGCAUACGUCACACGUACAUAUGAAUUGCAAAGCUUGAAAGAAGCUUGUGAGACCGCUCUUAAAGAAAAACUUGUACGCGACAGUUCUGAAGUGGAAGGUUUCGUGGACAUUCCUGCUACUUCCCACUUGGAACAAUUAAAGGCUCUAAGAAGAAUGUUUAGAGAGGCUGCAGAAGCUGAAAUGCCAACGGAGGUGCCAGACUAUCUCUGUUGUAAAAUCACGCUUGAUAUUUUCCGUGAUCCUGUCAUCACUCCAAGUGGGGUUACAUACGAGAGAUCAGUGAUUCUUGACCAUCUUCAGAAGGUGGGUCAUUUUGAUCCAAUCACUCGUGAACCGCUUGAUCAAUCGCAGCUGAUCCCAAACUUGGCGAUAAAGGAAGCAGUAGAAGCAUUUCUAGAUAAACAUGGUUGGGCCUACGGAGCAGAUUGAAAGUUGAACUUGUUCAAACUUCAUUUUUCUUGAACUUAAUCCAAACUUGGUGUGCAUUGUCUUAACUGUAUGAUGGCAAUCCAUGCUUCAGUCAUAUCUUAGGUCCCUCCCAUCUUUUGAAUUGUACAGCUUGUACAGAUUGUGUAAUGAGCGCCCAUAAAGGGUUGGUGAUUUUCGGAUAAAUAUAAAAAGAAAGAGAACACUAGUGCUGCAGAUUUGAUUGCUUUCGUGGUUAGUAGGUUCAGUCCUUUUCUAGACUUGGAAUUCCAACGGUUUGAUCACUUUUCUUUGUUCUAUGUCCAGCUUAUGCAGGAUCACUGAGAGGCCUUUCUAUGAAGGAUGUUUGAGCAUUAUGUUGAACGAUUGUUAUGACCACCAUUUUGAGAUCUUCCUUCUGUGUUA